AUGGCUAGCUGUAAGAUAAUUCUUUUAUUAGAUAGUGCAAAAGUUCAUUCUACUACUAAUUUAAAUCUUCAUAAUACAACUGUUCAUAUCUUACCUUCAUAUACAACAUUCUGCAUUCAACCCAUGAAUGCUAGCAUUAUUAUAUCCUUCAAGCAUCAUUAUCAAAGUUACUUUAUAAAAUGGUUACUUGACAAAUAUGAAGCUAAAAAAGAUGAAAAAAUGAAUAUUCUUGAUGCUAUAAGAAAUAAUAUAUACUGUUUUCAAUAUACAGGAAUUCUUCCAGAUAUCCAAGAUAAUGAAGAAUCCUUUAUUAGUGAUAAUGAUGAUAAAUUGAUAGAAGAACUUUAUUUAGAUAUUGAAAAUAUAUUCAAUUACCCAGGAGAAAAAGAUAUAUAUAAAGUAUUGAGCAAUAAAGAAAUUUUGGAUCUGACUACUAAUCUUGAACCUAAGAAUGAAAGUACUGAAGAUGAUGACAGUACAGAAAUGCAUCAAAUUAGUCAUCAAGAAGCAUUAAAUGCAGUAGAAAUACUUGAACAAUAUAUUGUGCAAAAUGACUUUAGUGAAACAGCCAAAUCUGAACAUAAUGAAGCUUUACUAAAAUCACAAAAAGGAAUAAAAAAGCUUCAAAUUGCAUCUUUUAAGCAAACAAGUAUUGAAACUUACUUUGAAUUAGUUGAUUAG